GAUUGUUACAAUCUGUUUCAGAUAUGUCACUGCCACUUCAUGUUCUUCCCAGCACGCGUUAUGACGACAAACUCAAGAAGUCUUUUAGAGACCAGCUGUCACUCCACGUUGAACUGAACAAGGAACUGUCCCCGACUCUUUCACCGCCGAUCAUUGUGAUAUUCCGGCCUCAAGGCAGACCGAAUGAUGAAUUUGAUGGCGUGGUUCUACCUUUCCUUCAUAACUGUCAACCUCCUUGUAGGGAUAUAAUUCUCCUCACUGCCUUCGCCACGUCACAGCGGUAUGGUCGUGGCUUCACUCCGGCUUGUGCAUCAGGCAUCAAGUACAAGGACAAACUCUUUGUGACGUCCGGACAUCUUGAUACACAAGUUAACAAGUCCACAUUUGAAAGCCUUGGAGAUAUCUUUGUGAAAGAAUAUAACUUUAAGCAGACAUCGGACGUGGGAUCAGUACAUCUGUUUGGAGGCCAAGUCAUAGCGCACACAGGGAUCUCAACUGGGUGUGUUGCCAGCAGUCACAGGGACAGUUUCUACCCUACUGAUAAUGUUGCCAGCAGCCAAGGGGACAGGGGCAACCCUACUGAUAAUGUUACAAGCAGCCAAGAGAACAGGGGCAACCCCACUGAUAAUGUUACUAUCAGCCAAGAGGAUAGGGGAAACAAUACCGAUAAUGUUGCCAUAGGCCAAGGGGUCAGAGGCAACCCAACUCAUAAUGUUACCAGCAGCCAAGAGGACAGGGGCAACCCUACUGAUGAUGUUGCCACCAGCCAAGAGAACAGACUCAACCCUACUGAUAAUGUUACCAGCAGCCAAGAAAACAGAGUCAACCCUACUGAUAAUGUUGCCAGCAGCCAAGGGGAAAGGGGCAACCCUACUGAUAAUGUUACAAGCAGCCAAGAGAACAGGGGCAACCCCACUGAUAAUGUUACUAUCAGCCAAGAGGAUAGGGGAAACAAUACCGAUAAUGUUGCCAUAGGCCAAGGGGUCAGAGGCAACCCAACUCAUAAUGUUACCAGCAGCCAAGAGGACAGGGGCAACCCUACUGAUGAUGUUGCCACCAGCCAAGAGAACAGACUCAACCCUACUGAUAAUGUUACCAGCAGCCAAGAAAACAAAGUCAACCCUACUGAUAAUGUUACCAGCAGCCAACAGAACAGAGUCAACCCUACUGAUAAUGUUACCAGCAGCCAAGAGAACAGAGUCUACCCUAAAGAUAAUGUUGCCAGCAGCCAAGAGAACAGGGAAAACAGAGUCAACCCUACUGAUAAUGUCACCAGCAGCCAAGAAAACAAAGUCAACCCUACUCAUAAUGUUACCAGCAGCCAAGAGAACAGAGUCAACCCUAAAGAUAAUGUUGCCAGCAGCCAAGAGAACAGAGUCAACCCUCCUGAUAAUGUUGCCAGCAGCCAAGAGAACAGAGUCAACCCUCCUGAUAAUGUCACCAGCAGCCAAGAAAACAGAGUCAACCCUAAUGAUAAUGUUACCAGCAGCCAUGAAAACAGAGUCAACCCUCCUGAUAAGUUUACCAGCAGCCAAGAGGACAGGGGCAACCCUACUGAUAAUGUUACCAUCAGCGAAGCGGACGGAGGCAACCAUUCUGAUAAUGUUACCAGCAGCCAAGGGAGCAGAGUCAACCCUAAUGAUAAUGUUACUAGCAGACAAGGGGUCAGAGGCAACCCAACUGAUAAUGUAACCAGCAGCCUAGAGGGCAGAGUCAACCCUAAUGAUAAUGUUACCAGCAGCCAAGAGGACAGGGGCAACCCUACAGAUAAUGUUACCAUCAGCGAAGCGGACGGAGACAACCCUUCUGAUAAUGUUACCAGCAGCCAAGGGAGCAGAGUCAACCCUAAUGAUAAUGUUACCAGCAGCCAAGGGGACAGGGGCAACCCAACUGAUAAUGUUACCAUCAGCGAAGAGGACAGUGGCAACCCUACUAAUAAUGUUACCAGCAGCCAAGAGAACAGGGGCAACCCAACUGAUAAUGUUACCAGCAGCGAAGAGGACUGGGGCAACCCUACUAAUAAUGUUACCAGCAGCCAAGAGAGCAGAGUCAACCCUAAUGAUAAUGUUACCAGCAGCCAAGAGAACAGGGGCAACCCUACUAAUAAUGUUACCAGCAGCCAAGAGAGCAGAGUCAACCCUAAUGAUAAUGUUAACAGCAGCGAAGGGGACAGGGGCAACCCUACUGAUAAUGUUGCCAGCAGACAAGGGGUCAGAGGCAACCCAACUGAUAAUGUUAACAGCAGCCAAGAGGGCAGAGUCAACCCUAAUGAUAAUGUUACCAGCAGCCCAGGGGACAGGGGCAACCCUUCUGAUAAUGUUACCAGCAGCCAAGAGAACAGGGGCAACCCUACUGGUUAUGUUGCCAACAACCUAGAGAACAGGGGCAACCCUACUGAUAAUGUUACCAUCAGUGACUUGGACAGUGCCAACCCUACUUAUAAUGUUACCAUCAGCCAAGGGGACAGGGGCAACCCUACUGAUAAUGCUGCCAGCAGCCAAUGGCACAAUGUCAACCCUUCUGUUAAUGUUACCAACAGCCAAGAGAACAGGGGAAACCCUACUGAUAAUGUUACCAGCAGCCAAGAGGACAGGGGAAACAAUACCGAUAAUGUUGCCAGAGGCCAAGGGGGCAGAGUCAACCCAAAUGAUAAUGUUGCCAGCAGCCAAGAGAACAAGGGCAACCCUACUGAUAAUGUUACCAGCAGCCAAGAGUGCAGAAUCAACCCUACUAAUAAUGUUACAAGCAGCCAAGAAAACAGAGUCAACCCUACUGAUAAUGAUGCCAGCAGCCAAGAGAACAGAGUCAACCCUACUGAUAAUGUUGCCAGCAGCCAACAGAACAGAGUCAACCCUACUGAUAAUGUUACCAGCAGCCAAGAAAACAGAGUCAACCCUACUGAUAAUGUUGCCAGCAGCCAAGAAAACAGAGUCAACCCUACUGAUAAUGUUACCAGCAGCCAAGAAAACAGAGUCAACCCUACUGAUAAUGUUACAAGCAGCCAACAGAACAGAGUCAACCCUACUGAUAAUGUUACCAGCAGCCAAGAAAACAGAGUCAACCCUACUGAUAAUGUUACAAGCAGCCAACAGAACAGAAACAGAGUCAACCCUACUGAUAAUGUUGCCAGCAGCCAAGUAAAAAGAGUCAACCCUACUGAUAAUGUUACCAGCAGCCAAGAAAACAGAGUCAACCCUACUGAUAAUGUUACAAGCAGCCAACAGAACAGAGUCAACCCUACUGAUAAUGUUACCAGCAGCCAAGAGAACAGAGUCAACCCUAAAGAUAAUGUUGCCAGCAGCCAAGAGAACAGGGGCAACCCUACUGAUAAUGUUACCAGCAGCCAAGAAAACAGAGUCAACCCUUCUGAUAAUGUUACCAGCAGCCAAGAGAACAGAGUCAACCCUAAAGAUAAUGUUGCCAGCAGCCAAGAGUACAGGGGCAACCCUAGUGAUAAUUUUACCAGCAGCCAAGAGGGCAGAGUCAACCCUACUGAUAAUGUUACCAGCAGCCAAGAGGACAGGGGCAACCCUACUGAUAAUGUAACCAGCAGCCAAGAGAACAGGUGCAAGCCUACUGAUAAUGUUACCAGCAGCGAAGGGAUAAGUGGCUACCCUACUGAUAAUGUUGCCACCAGCCAUUGGGGCAGAGUCAACCCUACUGAUAAUGUUACCAGCAGCGAAGAGAACAGGGGCAACCCUACUGAUAAUGUAACCAGCAGCCAAGAGAACAGGGGCAACCCUACUGAUAAUGUUACCAUCAGCGAAGGGGAAAGUGGCAGCCCUUCUGAUAAUGUUACCAUCCGCCAAAGGGACAGAGGAAACCUUACUGAUAAAGUUGCCAGCAGUCAUUGGGGCAGAGUCAACCCUACUGAUAAUGUUACCAGCAGCGAAGAGAACAGGGGCAACCCUACUGAUAAUGUAACCAGCAGCCAAGAGGGCAGAGUCAACCCUACUGAAAAUGUUGCCAGCAGCCAAGAGAACAGGGGCAACCCUACUGAUAAUGUUACCAUCAGCGAAGGGGAAAGUGGCAACCCUUCUGAUAAUGUUACCAUCAGCCAAGGGGACAGAGGAAACCCUACUGAUAAUGUUGCCAGCAGUCAAGGGGACAAUGUCAACCCUUCUGGUAAUGUUACAAGCAGCCAAGAAAACAGAGGCAACCCUACUGAAAAUGUUACCAGCAGCCAAGAGAGCAGAGUCAACCCUAAUGACAAUGUUAAAAGCAGCCAAGGGGACAGGGGCAACCCAACUGAUAAUGUUACCAGCAGCGAAGAGGACAGGGGCAACCCUACUGAUAAUGUUGCCAGCAGACAAGGGGUCAGAGGCAACCCAACUGAUAAUGUUACCAGCAGCGAAGAGGACAGGGGCAACCCUACUGAUAAUGUUACCAGCAGCCAAGGAGACAGGGGCAACCCUACUGAUAAUGUUGCCAGCAGCCUAGAGGACAGAGUCAACCCUACUGAUAAUGUUGCCAGCAGCCAAGAGAACAGGGGCAACCCUACUGAUAAUGUUACCAUCAGCAAAGGGGAAAGUGGCAACCCUUCUGAUAAUGUUACCAUCAGCCAAGGGGACAGAGGCAACCCUACUGAUAAUGUUGCCAGCAGUCAAGGGGACAAUGUCAACCCUUCUGGUAAUGUUACAAGCAGCCAAGAAAACAGGGGCAACCCUACUGAUAAUGUUAACAGCAGCGAAGAGGACAGGGGAAACCCUACUGAUAAUGUUACCAGCAGCGAAGAGGACAGGGGAAACCCUACUGAUAAUGUUACCAGCAGCCAAGGAGACAGGGGCAACCCUGCUGAUAAUGUUGCCAGCAGCGAAGAGGACAGGGGCAACCCUACUGAUAAUGUUACCAGCAGCGAAGAGGACAGGGGCAACCCUACUGAUAAUGUUACCAGCAGCGAAGAGGACAGGGGCAACUCUACUGAUAAUGUUACCAGCAGCCAAGGAGACAGGGGCAACCCUGCUGAUAAUGUUGCCAGCAGCCUAGAGGACAGAGUCAACCCUACUGAUAAUGUUGCCAGCAGUCAAGAGAACGGGGGCAACCCUACUGAUAAUGUUACCAUCAGCCAAGGGGAAAGUGGCAACCCUUCUGAUAAUGUAAACAUCAGCCAAGGGGACAGAGGCAACCCUACUGAUAAUGUUGCCAGCAGUCAAGGGGACAAUGUCAACCCUUCUGGUAAUGUUACAAGCAGCCAAGAAAACAGGGGCAACCCUACUGAUAAUGUUAACAGCAGCGAAGAGGACAAGGGAAACCCUACUGAUAAUGUUACCAGCAGCGAAGGGGACAGGGGAAACCCUACUGAUAAUGUUGCCAGCAGACAAGGGGUCAGAGGCAACCCAACUGAUAAUGUUACCAGGAGCCAAGGGGCCAGGGGCAAACCUACUGUUAAUGUUGCCAGUAGCCAUGGGGCCAUUGGCAUCCCUACUGAUAAUGUUGCCAGCAGCAAUGGGUACAUAGUCAACCGUACUGAUAAUGUUGCCAGCAGCCAUGGGGUCAGGGGCCACUCUUACUACUGUGAUACGGACAGAUUACGGGCUGCACGGGAAGAAAUGAAGAAAGGGACAACUGUUUUGCAACAGGAGGUGGAGGCCCGGUUCAGGUUGUCACCAGGGAUACUUCUUCAAAUGCUUGAAAAGGUCGUGACAUAUCUGGAACAGGAACGAGAGGUAACAGAAAUCUCAUGA